AUGUCUCUUGCCCUUGUUAUCCAGACCGUCACGGGACGGGCCUUGGAUGCCCUCGUUUACGAUUUCACCAAGCCACUCGGAAUGACAUCUACCUUCUUCAACCGAGGUAAUAUUGAAGGGUUUACCCCCCAGACGCCCAACUACUACCGUACAGCCACACAAGAGUUCCAAAUCGCAGUCCUCGGACCCGAAGAGCCACAGCGUCCACAACCAGUACGCGGCACAGUCCACGACGAAAACGCAUGGUCCCUAGACGGCGUGUCAGGUCAUGCAGGCCUAUUCUCCACUGCCCGCGACACAGCAGCAUUCUGCCAAAUGAUCCUCAACAACGGCACAUAUGGCGGUCAACGCAUCCUUUCGCAAACUGCUGUCGAUCUAAUUUUCACGAACUUCAAUGCCCGGUUUCCGGGUAAUGCUCAUGGCUUGGGAUUUGAAUUGGAUCAGUAUUAUACUGCGGGGCCGAUGGCGAGCUUACAGACGGCGAGUCAUACCGGGUUUACGGGGACGACGUUGGUGAUUGACAGGACCUAUAAUGCUCUUUGGUUGCAUUUUAGCAAUCGGGUGCAUCCGUCUAGGACAUGGUCUAGUAAUAAUAUUGUGAGAGAGGCUGUUGGAUAUUGGGUUGGGAAGAGUUUGGGGUUGAAUGUUACAUUCCCUUCGUUGUAA